UUCUGGUGGAUCUGUUUUGAGGUUAAUCUUUUUGGAAGAGAAAACAUGACGUCGCCAGCAAAAUUCAAAAAGGAUAAGGAGAUCAUAGCUGAAUAUGACACUCAAGUUAAAGAGAUCCGUGCCCAAUUGGUAGAGCAGCUGAAAUGCCUUGACCAACAGUGUGAGCUUCGGGUCCAGUUACUGCAGGACUUGCAGGAUUUCUUCCGCAAGAAGGCAGAGAUUGAGAUGGAUUACUCAAGGAAUUUGGAGAAGUUGGCUGAGAGAUUCCUGGCUAAAACUAGGAGCACCAAAGACCAGCAAUUCAAGAAGGAUCAGAAUGUGCUAUCACCAGUCAAUUGCUGGAAUCUCCUGCUAAAUCAAGUGAAGCGGGAGAGCAGGGAUCACACCACCCUGAGUGACAUCUAUCUCAACAACAUCAUCCCACGCUUUGUCCAGGUCAGCGAAGAUUCGGGGCGCCUGUUCAAGAAGAGCAAGGAAGUGGGAUUGCAGCUCCAGGAAGACUUGAUGAAGGUCUUGAAUGAACUCUACACGGUUAUGAAAACCUACCAUAUGUACAACGCUGACAGCAUUAGUGCUCAGAGCAAACUGAAAGAGGCAGAGAAGCAGGAAGAAAAGCAGAUUGGGAAGUCGGUGAAACAAGAGGACAAGCAGACGCCACGCUCCCCUGACUCAACUUCCAACGUCAAGUUUGAAGAAAAACAUGUUCGACGAAGCUCUGUCAAAAAAAUAGAGAAAAUGAAGGAGAAGCGCCAAGCGAAGUACACAGAAAAUAGAUUGAAGGCUAUUAAGGCAAGAAACGAGUAUCUGCUAGCUCUGGAAGCCACCAAUGCAUCUGUAUUCAAGUAUUACAUUCAUGACCUGUCUGAUCUCAUUGAUCAGUGUUGUGACCUGGGAUACCACGCUAGCCUCAACAGAGCUCUCAGGACAUUCUUGUCUGCUGAGCUAAACCUGGAGCAGUCAAAGCAUGAGGGUCUGGAUGCCAUUGAAAACGCCGUUGAGAACCUGGAUGCCAACAGUGAUAAGCAGCGCCUGAUGGAGAUGUACAACAAUGUCUUCUGUCCGCCCAUGAAGUUCGAGUUUCAGCCGCAUAUGGGUGAUAUGGAGUCGCAGCUAUGUGCCCAACAACCAGUCCAGAGUGAGUUAGUGCAGAGGUGCCAGCAGUUGCAGUCUCGAUUAUCUACGCUUAAGAUUGAAAAUGAAGAGGUUAAGAAGACUAUGGAAGCUACACUCCAGACAAUCCAGGAUAUAGUCACGAUAGAGGACUUUGAUGUCUCUGACUGCUUUCAGUAUAGCAACUCUAUGGAGUCUGUUAAAUCCACUGUCUCGGAAACGUUCAUGAGCAAACCGAGCAUUGCCAAGAGAAGGGCAAACCAGCAGGAGACAGAGCAGUUCUAUUUCACAAAAAUGAAGGAGUAUCUGGAAGGCAGGAACCUGAUAACGAAGCUCCAAGCCAAACACGACCUUCUUCAGAAGACCCUGGGAGAAAGUCAAAGGACUGACUGCUCCCUUGCCAGCGGCAGGCGCAGCUCCACCAUAAGGAAGCAGGAUUCAUCACAAGCUAUUCCCCUGGUCGUAGAGAGCUGCAUACGAUUCAUUAGCAGACAUGGUUUGCAGCAUGAAGGGAUAUUCAGAGUGUCUGGGUCACAGGUGGAAGUGAAUGACAUAAAAAAUGCAUUUGAGAGAGGGGAAGAUCCGUUGGCUGGGGACCAGAAUGACCAUGACAUGGAUUCAAUAGCAGGAGUUCUGAAGCUCUAUUUUCGAGGGUUGGAGCACCCUCUCUUCCCCAAGGAUAUCUUUCAUGAUCUGAUUGCCUGUGUCACAAUGGAUAAUUUACAAGAGAGAGCACUCCACAUCCGGAAGGUGCUUCUGAACUUGCCGAAGACCACUCUGAUUGUAAUGAGAUACCUCUUUGCAUUCCUCAAUCAUUUAUCUCAGUUCAGUGAAGAGAACAUGAUGGAUCCCUACAAUUUAGCCAUCUGCUUUGGGCCAACACUGAUGUCUGUGCCUGAAGGUCAUGAUCAAGUCUCUUGCCAAGCUCAUGUCAAUGAAUUGAUCAAAACCAUCAUCAUCCAACAUGAGAACAUCUUCCCAGGACCAAGGGAGCUGGAGGGUCCAGUCUAUAGCAGAGGUGGAACCGCCGAGGAUUACUGCGAAAGUCCUCAUGGAGAGAGAGCCUCAACAGAAGACUCAGUUCAGGACGUUACGGCUGAACACCACACCAGUGAUGAUGAGUGUGAGCCCAUAGAAGCAAUAGCGAAGUUCGACUACAUUGGCAGGACUGCACGAGAGCUGUCCUUUAAAAAAGGAGCUUCUCUCUUACUCUAUCAGCGGGCCUCAGAUGACUGGUGGGAGGGACGCCACAAUGGAAUUGACGGCCUUAUUCCUCAUCAGUAUAUCGUCGUUCAAGACACUGAGGAUGGUAUCUCUGAAAGAUCCAGUCCGAAGUCUGAAAUAGAAAUAAAUUCUGAGCCACCGGAAGAAAAAGUGACUGCUAGAGCUGGUGCCAGUUGCCCAAGUGGGGGUCACGUCGCAGAUAUUUACCUUGCAAACAUCAACAAGCAAAGAAAGAAACCAGAGUCAGGCAGCAUCAGAAGAGCCUUCCGUCAAAGUGACAGCCAUGGACUAGGUAGUUCAAUGGCAGAACCAGCCUCCCCAGGAGCCAUAGCCGGUUCCAGACCCUCAUCUCAGCCCAUUAUGAGCCAAAGUCUUCCCAAGGAGGUUCCAGAUAAAUGCUCCAUCAGUGGCCACGGCAGCCUCAACUCUAUCAGCCGACACUCAUCUCUGAAGAACAGGAUAGACAGCCCGCAGAUCCGGAAAACUGUGACAGCAGGGAGGUCCAAGAGCUUCAACAACCAUCGCCCCAUGGACCCUGAAGUUAUUGCACAGGAUAUUGAAGCUACUAUGAACUCUGCUCUGAACGAGCUGCGGGAGCUGGAAAGGCAAAGCAGUGUGAAGCACACGCCAGAUGUUGUCCUCGACACCCUGGAGCCUUUGAAAACGUCUCCAGCGGUGGCCCCCACCUCUGAACCUUCCAGCCCUCUGCACACUCAGAUCCUCAAGGACACUGAACCAGCUUUCCAGCGCAGCGCUAGCACAGCCGGCGACAUACCCUGCACCUUCAGGCCCGUGAAGUCAGUCAAAAUGGCCACCCAGGUGAAACCUCCGGCAACUCGGCCGAAGCCUACAGUUUUCCCCAAAACAAACGCCACGAGCCCCGGCGUUGCCUCCUCUGCAUCUCAGCAGCCUACUGACAAGUCCUGUACUGUCUGAUAAACUUGAUGCUGCUCUGUGGAUGUAACUGUAUUGUUUCAGAUGAAGAGACUCUGUUAAAGACAUUAAAAUUCCUAUUUAACUAAUUUUUUGGAACUUCUGCUGAAGGUUAGUUGUGAACUGCUACUUACUGCUGGGAGCACUUCCUGGGAGUAAACUAAGUGGUAACAACCUCGUCCCAUGUACCUGCAUCAGUGAUAUUCGUAAGGCAAAAUAGUUCAUGCCACGCUUAGGAAAUCCAGUAUCGGGUCACUGUGAAGCUGAGGAGGAAAACACACAAAAAGCGAUGAGUUGGAUCUUGGUUUCUAGUUGAUGCCUUGUUCAAGUGUUUGGCCACUGAAAGAAACAUUUAGUGGCAUCAUGUUUUGAAUACUGGUGUAGUGACUUAUAUAUUCUGUGUUUCAUUUAUCACAGGGAAACAAUAGGAUAGAUUUUAGUCUAUUGCAUGUUUUGGUGCCACUGGUUACGUGGAGCUUGGACAUGCCUGUUUCUUGUGCAUUAUUAUUAUUAUUAUUACGUUGCCCGCUGGUGCCA